AUGGAGAAGAAGUUAAGGAUAAAGAAGAAAGUAUGGAUGGGGAAGAAGUUUGGGAUGGAGAAGAAGUUUGGAAUGGAGAAGAAUCUACUAAUUAAGGAAGCACAACAAGUUAAGGAGGAUGGAGAAGAAGUUAGGGAAGGAGAAAAAGUGAAGAAUGAAGAACAAGUUAGGGAAGGAGAAGAAGUUAAGGAUGGAGAACAAGUUAGGGAAGGAGAAGAAGAAGUUAAGGAUGGAGAAGUAGUUUGGGAUGGGGAAGAAGUGAAGGAAGGAGAAGAAGUUAAGGAAGAAGAAGAAGAAGAAGAAGAAGAAGAAGUUUUGGAUGGAGAAGAAGUUAAGGGUAAAGAAGAAAGUAUGGAUGGAGAAGAAGUUUGGGAUGGAGAAGAAGUUAAGGAUGGAGAAGAAGUUUGGGAUGGAGGAGAAGUUUGGAAUGGAGGAGAAGAACCGAAGUAUGGAGAAGAAGUUAAGGAAGAAGAAGUUUAG